AUGUUUAUGUGCGAAAAGGAGUCUGAUGACGACGAUAAGAAACAGUGUUUGGCCCCUGGAGUAACUGAUACCUCGAUAGCACACCACUGCAACAUAUCCGGCAUGGAAUGUUGCCCUGGAUCGAGUUGUAAGAAUGUCAGAGGUGAAAACUUUAUGUGUGCAAAGGGCUCUGAUGAUGACGACGUUUCAACUUCUUCUUCCCAAGAUCAACAACCACUCUUCUCAUCAAAAGACAAAAAUAUCUUUGAAGAAGAUUGUGACAGAAAUAUGUGUGUUGAAGGAGGCCGUAUGUGUCAUCGCCACAGACAAAAUUCCAAGUGUCCACCUGCUCCAUGCUGUCCGGAUUUCCAAUGCGCAUACGUAGAUUCUCAUCAUGAUUCCUUCUGUGUUUCUAUGUCCGAUUCGAAUGAAAAUACCGAAAUCACUUCCUCGAAGAAACCUGCCAUGUCAAAGAAGGAGAACGAAUUGAUGACCGAAAAUUGCGCACCACAAGAGCCCACUGGGUGCUCACCCUUUGGAUGUAAGAACCCCCAUUUCUCCUCAUACAAUAGUAGACCUGACACGAAAAAGGUCCAUGUAAAAAAGAUCAGCAUAAUAGCUGCUGCGGAGGUCAAAGUUGUACAGGAAGAACACUCUCGUCUAUACGCAUUGAAAGGGAUGUUCCAUGGGUUUGUUGAGAAAAUCGAGAAGAAAUAUUGUUUACCGCAAGGAGACGGGAACGUUAAUGUGAGAGUAGAAUCAUGUAUGAUGCAACAUGAUAAAUGCUGUCAUGGAUUGAUAUGUCAUUCUGGAGAAUGCAUGGCCGACAAUGACGAAUUGAAGCUUUGA